AUGAACCGUGGCUCGUUAACUCAAUUCACUGAUGCUGCACUCUCGCCUCUGGGUUGGCAACAGGUUCGUGAGCAAAGGGAGAAUGUUUCUGCAAGUGGAAUGCUUGAAGGAAUUGAAGUAGUCAUCACUUCACCUUUGUUGAGGACAUUGCAGACAUCAGUUGGAGUUUUUGGUAGUGAAGAGGAACAAGAUCAUUGUGGGAACAAGACAUCAACUUUGAAUCACCCACCAAUCAUAGCAACCGAAUUAUGUCGUGAACGAAUGGUAUGUCGGAGCAGAGCGACAAUCGGGCAGUGCCGGUCUCGUUUCCCCCAAGUUGAUUUUUCAUUGAUUGAGAGUGAAGAAGACAUUUUGUGGGAGGCUGACGAACGUGAAACCAACGAAGCUGUUGCUGCUAGGGGAAUCAAGUUCGUUAAUUGGUUGUUGGGAAGAAAGGAAAGGGAGAUAGCAGUGGUGAGCCAUGGGGUAUUCUUGCAGGAAACACUGAUUGCACUUAAAAACAAGUGUCUGCACUUGAUGGAUACUGAUCCUUUCACUCGGUUCGGAAAUUGCGAAAUCCGCUCCGUGAUCGUCUUUAACGAAAGGUGGGAGAUUUUGGAUAUAAAUUUGGCAAAUUCUGCAAAGAAAAAGAGGAAAACUCGUUGA